UGUUAACCACAUGUAAUGUUUCUUGGACUUUCAGAGAAGCUGAAGUUCACACCCACCCCCCAGCCUUCCCAGUGCCUGGAGCUGGAUGAGGAGAUCAUCAUCCAGUGCUCCGCCAAGGGCAAAGAGGUCCCCACAAUCCGCUGGACCAAAGCAGAUGGAGGAGAGCUACCCCCGCACCUGGAUCAGAGGAACGGCCAGCUCCGCUUCGCCAAAGUCACUCGUAGCGACGCUGGCAACUACACCUGCAUUGCCUCCAACAGCCUGCAGGGGGAGAUCAGAGCCCUGGUCACCCUCACUGUGGCAGUGUACGUUCGCUUCAAGGUGGAGCCAGAGAACACCACUGUCUACCAGGGACACACUGCUGUUUUGCACUGCCAGGCCAGCGGGGAUCCUGAGCCUCACAUCCACUGGAUGGUGAAAGACAAGACCCUGGAUAUCACUAAGAACGGCAGAAUCCAGAAGAUGCCCAACGGCUCGCUGAUAAUAAGAGAAGUCACCACUGAGGACACGGGUCGCUACACAUGUGUGGCUGGGAACAGCUGCAGCAUCAAAGACCGUGUGGCUCAGCUCUACGUAGUGGACAAAUUAUUUCCCCUCCAUCACGAGGACAACGACGAUGACAAGGCUGCUUAUAAGAUGAUCCAAACCAUCGGGUUGUCCGUGGGGGCAGCGGUGGCCUACAUCAUUGUGGUGCUGGGACUCAUGUUCUACUGCAAAAAGAGACGCAACGCCAAGAGACUGCAGAAGAACCAGGAUGGAGAGGAGCCUGAGAUGGAGUGUCUUAAUGGAGGUGCUGUUCAGCAGAAUGGCCACACCACGGCUGAGAUCCAGGAGGAAGUGGCGCUCACCAACGUGGGUACCGUCACUGCAACCGAGAAGCGGCACAGCCACGCCAGCGAUAAGCUCCACUUCCCUCGUGCAAACCUCCAAACCAUCACAACACUUGGUAAAGGCGAGUUCGGCGAGGUGCUGCUGUCCAAAGCUAAAGGCAUUGAAGAAAAUGACGCUGAGACGGUGGUUCUGGUGAAGUGUCUGCAGUCCAGAGACGAGCAGCUGCAGAGCGACUUCAGACGUGAAGCUGAAAUGUUCGGCAAGCUGAACCACCCUAAUGUGGUUCGCCUGCUGGGCGUCUGCAGAGAGGCUGAGCCGCACUACAUGAUCCUGGAGUACUAUGACCUGGGUGAUCUAAAGCAGUUCCUAAAAAUAUCAAAAAGCAAAGACGAUAAAGCGAAGCCUCAGACAAUCAGCACCAAGACCAAGGUGUCCCUCUGUGCCCAGGUGGCUCGCGGCAUGGAGCAUCUGUCCAAUCACCGCUUUGUUCACAAGGACCUGGCUGCCAGAAACUGUCUGAUCAACAGUCAGAGGAGGGUCAAGGUGUCUUCGCUCAGCCUGAGCAAGGAUGUCUACAACAGUGAGUACUACCACUACAGGCAGGCGUGGAUCCCUUUGCGCUGGCUGCCAACAGAGUCUGUGUUCGAGGAUGAAUACUCCACCAAGUCGGACGUGUGGGCCUUCGGAGUGCUGAUGUGGGAAGUUUUCAGUCUGGGUGAAAUGCCGCACAGCAAACUGAGUGACGACGAGGUCCUGGAAGGUCUGAAGAUGGGAAAACUGAAGCUUCCUGCUCCGGAUGGAUGCCCCUCUAAAAUCUACAAGCUCAUGGUCCGCUGCUGGAUGCCGAGCCUCAAAGAGCGUCCCUCUUUCACCGACAUCGUCCACGCCCUGGGAGAUCAGCCCUCUGACAGCAAAGUCUGAGAGGACCUGCUGCCACCACAGGAGGGAAAAAGAACUUUGAACCAUUCUUCCCUCUGAAGUAUACAUGCUGGAUUACUAGUCUCACUCAUUUCAGGGACGAGGGUUGAAGAGAGAACACGUUUUUUAAAUUUCAGUUGAUGGUGUGAACUUGACUUAAAGUCUGAGACUGCAGCUGCUCAGACCUCAGUGCCUCAACACCAUUUUAUAAUCUCACCUUAGCUCUCUGCUGCCACCCUGUGGGGAUGGUAGGAACAGCGCUCUGCUCUGAUCGGUGCGGAUUUCUCCUGAAACUAAGAUGGUCUGUGGAAUGAGAUCUGGCUCUAUCAAUUUAAGAUUAUUCAUCUUAAGAGGUUUCCUACACAGGCUGGAAAAAUACUUGUAUUUCAAGACUUCAUCUCUGCUGUCUGGAUGCAUCCUUUUGUCUUCCCUUCUUCGCUCAUUUCCUUUCCUCCUGUCCUUUCUUGUUUCCUCAUUUUCCAGGUUUAUUUCUCCUUCAGUAUUUCUUUCUUUCCAUGUCUUCCUUUGUUCCAUCCUAAUUUCUUUCCUCUACAUUCAUUUCUUCCUUCUGUCCCAUCAUCUUUGUCCUUCCUACAUUCUUCCCUGGCACUCUUUGCUCUUUCCUUCAAACCUGUGUUCAUCCCUUGCCUCCUUAUCUCCUCCCACAUUUCUUCCUUAUUCCCUCAUCCUUCCCUCCUGUCUUUUUGUCCUCGUUUCAUUCUUCCCUUCCUUUCCUACCGUCCAGUUUAAAUCCUGCCCUACUCUAUAAAUAUCCGCCAUCAGUUCAAAAUGAAUGUGUUUCAUAUUUUAAAAUAACCUCAAAGGAGUUAGGAAGGCUCGGUCUUGGAAAGUUUUUUUCAGAAAUCACGUGUAGGAUUCCUGUCCUCAAUAUUUGCUCCUUCAACCUUUGAGUGGACUUGUACUAAUGCCAAACUCUUUCAAAAACAUGCGGCUGAAAGAAGAGACCUAAAAAGGUUUUGCAUGAAGGUUCACAGUCUGUUACACUUCUGAUAUAAAACAUAAUCUGGUUAUACUUCAGGAAUAAAUUGUAAAAAAAAGUUUUUUUCUAGCCAAGAAUUUAUAUUGAAAGGAUGAGUGAAUAUUGUGUUAACUUCAAGGUGCUUAUUUUGUCACAGUUGCAGGGAUUAAACCUAUCACCAUGUUAAUUGUGCAACAGAACAUCAAUAGAGGUCCAAUCACAUUUUUAAAAUCUUCGACCAUCAGACAAAGUGUACAUAAUGUAGAAGCCAUGCACUAACUUCACUUAAAAAUACCACCUUUCUCUGUAUAGAAGGAUGCACAGGUACCUGUUUAUUUAUGAUGAAGGUCCUGUUUUUUAUUUUAUUUUUUUUUAACUGUUUGUAAUUGGUACUUAACUUUACUAUGCUGUUUUUAUGUUACCUGCUCCAUCUCAGUAUAUAUUCAGUCUGCAUCCUAACUGAAUAUCCUAACAGUCGGUAUAAGGAGGUCAAAAACAUGGCUACAGAUCGCCUGGACUCAUCUAAGUGCCUAGUAAAUGAAGGAUUAUCCUAACAUUACCCCUUUUUUACAUUAUCUAAUCAAAGGCAAAGACGUUUAUCAGCUUGUUUUUUUUAUCUUUUUGGUGUAAUUUGUUUUUUUGUUUUUAUAAAUGCUAGGCACUCAGACCUAGACCUCCUUUUUUAUUCGUCUUUCUUUUUUUUUCUUUUUUUUAUCAGCUUGAGCAAAUGUUAACCCUAAUCAGAUAUAUUCAGAACUAUACAUGCUGCUGUCAAUAAAGGUGCACAGUGUUUUUAA